UGCGUGACCAUGUCGGCAUCCAGCGCAGGUGGCGGCAGCGCCCUGUACGGAGCCCUGGCACUCGUCUACGUGGGUCUCCUGGCCGACUUCUACGUCACUUACAAACUGUCCGGUGACGUGAGCGCAUUGCGCGACCUGGUGUCUCUCGGUGGUGAUUCCGGUAGUUAUUCCGGUGGAUAUUUCACCCGGGAAGGGAGGAGGACCGUCUUUUCGAGUGAGUCUACGCCGGGUGACAGGUCUUCCGAGGUAGCGAUCUCUCGUGAGCGCCGCAGUGCACAUCGGCGCGGCAGAAAAGAAGCGGCGGCGGCUCGUGCGCGCGAUGCCAGUGAAAACUUUGGCAGCGGUGGCAGCGGCGGUGGCGGCGGUGACCAUGACCAAAACGUGCCCAGCGUAGAGUUCUUUCCACAGCCUCAGCAGGCGCCCGGUGGACCGCACGAUGGCAAAGGAUACGUGUGGCUCACUUCGUACUCCAGGAUACCGUUGAUGGUGCUGCAGGAAUUCUGCGAGUCAUCACGGCGGUAUUGCCCCCCAGGGGAGAAGGGCAACGCGGGACAUCCAGGCAACCCUGGACUAAAGGGCGACAAAGGCGAAAGGGGUGACCGCGGUUUUCCUGGUGAACCGGGCAGUAUAGGCCCUCACGGGCCGCAAGGCAUGCCGGGACUGCUAGGACCAAAGGGCGAACCGGGCUCGUCGGGCUCGCCUGGUUUAGACGGACGGGACGGCCUUCCUGGCGAGCCUGGCCUUGACGGCGUUCCGGGUCGGGACGGCAUCGACGGGCUGCCCGGACGCGACGGACACCACGGGACGCCGGGAGUACCCGGCAGACCGGGUAUAAAUGGCACCGAUGGAAUUCCUGGAAUACCUGGACCACGGGGUCCACCAGGGCUGCCCGGACCUCCAGGCGUGCCAGGAACGCGUGGCAAGAAAGGAGCCCCUGGCCAUCCGGGAGCAGCCGGUCUACCUGGAAUAGCGACAUGGAAACUGAGCAAUCACAAUGUCACGGACGCUUCGAAACUACUGAUUCCUCCAUCCAUCGUGGACGUGUCCGAGCAACAGCAAGUGCUCCUCAUGGAGGGCGAGCGUCUCAGCCUCCGCUGUCCGGCCACUGGUCAGCCGCCACCCACGGUCACCUGGCGUAGGGACGACUCGGCGGCCAUACCCUUCGGUGCCUGGUACCUCACGUCGCUGGAGGGCGACACCUUCAACGUGAGCCGCGCGACGCGAGACCACAUGGGCUCGUACGUGUGCAUCGCCUCCAACGGCGUUCCCCCACCCGCCAUGAAAAAGGUCAUCCUGGAGGUCACAUUUCCACCGCUUAUCAAGAUCCACAACUGGGCUGUGGGUGCAAGCAAUGGCUCGAGCGCGGUGCUGGAGUGCUUGGUCGAGGCGUUCCCGCGGGCGUUGAACGCGUGGCUGUUCGGGGACCAUGGCACAGCCGUGCAGCCUGGGGCACGGCACGCCCUACGUGAGGAAGAGGCUGGCCCUUAUGCUAGCCGCAUGCAGCUGCGCAUCGACCCCGUGCUACCGCAGGACUUCGGCAUGUACAAGUGCGACAGCCGCAAUGCCCGAGGACACGCCGCCGGCGUUCUCACCGUGUUCCAAGUGGAUCCGUCAAAGAUGCCGCCAGCGUCUGAGGAAACAAGCUACACUCUCUACGGACACGCACCGCCUCCUCGCGUUGUUGAGGCCGAGUGCCCGGUGUGCCCUGACUGCCCGUCGACGCAUGAGUGCUCCCCCAGCAGAAAAACAGGGAAGCCUGGACUCUUCAAUGUUGAGAGCAUAGAAACUGUCUACAACACAUCCCACUGGCUUCCAUUGAAACCUCGUGACACAGAGUGUCGGACAAAGCGCCGCUACCUGGUCAAGGUGGGCAAGCCGGUGCUCUUCAGGCACAACAACGCCUCGUGGGGUGCGUGGAUGCGAGACUCGUUUAAGCGCGCCUUCGACGCAAGCAAGUUCUGGGUGACGCUGGACGGCGACCGCACCACGCUGUUGGAGUACGUGGACGGCCACUUCACGCGCCGCUACUCUCUGCCGUACGCGUUCCGCGGCAACACUCAGGUGGUGUACAACAACUCGCUCUUCUACCACCACGAGAACACGGACAGCAUCGUGCGCUUCGACCUGGGCAACAAGUCGACCGCGGCGCUGUCGCUGGCUCGCGACUUCUCCAGCGGUCGGCUGCUCUACGCGACGCAGCACAACGCGAUGGACAUUCUGGCCGACGAAAACGGCCUCUGGGUCAUCUACGCCAGCAGCAGCACCAACAACACGCUCGUCGUCAAGUUCCACGAGCGCGCCAUGCAAGCCGAGCGCGUGUGGAACCUCACGCUCGACCACCGCACCGUGGGCGAGAUGUUCAUUGUGUGCGGCGUCCUGUACGCCGUGAACAGCGUCAGCGAGGUGACCACGCGCAUCGCGUUCGCCUUCGACCUCUACGAAGAGCGAGCGCUCGAGAUGGCGCUUAACUUCAGCAACCCGUUCCGCAACACUUCCAUGGUGAGCUACAACCCGAGUGAUGGCGCCAUCUACACGUGGGACAUGGGCCACCAGCUGCUCUAUCCGCUGCUCUUCUCCAACUCCACGUCGUCGCACACCGCCAGUUGAGUGGUCGUGGCCACCGCUGUCCUGUUGCUGCUGCUUGCCUUUGCCGCCGUCGUUCGCCUCUGACCGCGGCUUCUCUGGACUCGCUGCCUCACGGACGCUUUGCAGAGCGUUUCGUCAUCCCGUGCUGGUGAGAGCCGCCAACAAAGCGGUUUGCGCUGUGGCGUAGUGUGCACCAGUGUACUGUUACACUUCGCCACGAAGGUGAUCUGCGGCGUGUUCUCUACGCAAUGCACUCAUUGGUCAAUGUCACUGUUACCUGGUCUCGAUUCAUAAC